UAUUAAUAAAUAAGUUAAUGAUGCAGAGUUAUAAAAUAUUAUUAGAAAAUGUGUGAUUGUAAAAUAUCCUGAGCAAAAUGUAAAUGUAUUGUGUUAAUUGUGUUGCAAAGCGGAACGAUUGUUGUGAUGUUGCGACCACACGGACCGUAAACAAAGUAGAACAUGCAAGAGGGGAGGGUGCUUGAGCACGUUGUCUUCAGCUCCUCAAAAUAUUUGAGUGUAUUCGAUGAUUCGUGUAAAACUUCAAGCAAGUGAUUAUUAGAACCUCUUUUCGUUACAAGCAGCCAACGAGUUCUCAAGGCGUUGGCGUUGGCGUUGGUGUGGAGGCGUGUCGGCGUGGAUGGUGUAUACAGCAAGAAGGAGUCAAUAAAUGCCCGUUUUACAAAAAAGAACUUCCCUGUGUUGCCGUGUAUCGAAAGGAGCUACAGUGAGAACUCGACUGCCUCCGCGGGUAGAAGAGACACGGGAUCAUACGCGCAUGAGAGCAACGGAGAUUAACCUGCCUGUCAAUCAAGUCGAGUUUCAGGGCGUGUCUAAAGAGCCCGCCAAAGCAGAGUGGUGGGAGAAGAGGCGUGCUUCUGGAAUUCACAAGGACUCAGGUGUAUCACUUUGCAAACGGUGCUUUGUAUGAAUGUUUAAAAUCACUUGCUGACAUUGUUUUACUAUAUAUGUUUAACUGCAAAUUAUUAGUCAAACCGUAAAAUAGGAAGACUUUAAAGGUUUCUAACAGCGCAUAAUUCAACAGGAAGAGUGUGUAGUUUCAGUUUAUUCCAGCAGGUGUCUCAGUCAUUUUAAUAGUUAAACCAAGAUUUGCAAGUGUCUGUAAUUAAGACAGCUAUAUGCUAUAAGGCAUUUUUGAGUUUGACCAAGAUUGGUGAAUUUCCUGUUAAUUAAGCAAAGUCCAUUUUAAGGUAACUAAAUAGGCUUACUGGUAAUUUAAUUUCAUAAAAUAUCAAUUUAAAAAAAAAAAAGGGCCUGCAUUUUAAUUAAUAAUUAAAAAUAGGCCCAAGUAACUUCUUCUUUAUUAAUAACUGUUUGCACAAAUUUGUAGGAAGCAUUCACAACAUUAACGAGAGAAAACAGUAUUCAAGUAUAAAAAGUAGUCUACAUACAGUAGGUAUUUCAAAUUAUUAGCCUACUACCAAAUUAAAUUAACUCCUUCAUUGCCAAAAACAUUGUCAAUUGACAAGCCUCAUAUUAUCUCAAUAUGUCUGACACAAACUCAAAGAUUACAGGACAGCACACAAACUCAUUAGCUCAGCCUGAGGUUAAUGCCCUUGCUGCAGAAGGAGAAGACACUGUGCGAAGAAGCGGAAGAACUCAAACCUUGACGGAAAAAGGGAAAGGACUUCAAGAAGAAAAAUUGAAAGGCAUACAUCGCAGUUACAAACUUGCAUAUGAGAAAUGGAAGUAUAAUGCAAAAGUAGCCAAAGAGUUGAUGAGUGAUGAAAUCUCAGAGGAAGAUUUAAACAAGUCGAUGGAUCAUCUACAAGCAACAUGUGCAAAUGUGAAGGCAGUAUAUGAGGAAUUCCGUCAAAUGCAAGCUCCUGAUGCAGAUGUGCGACGUAAAGUGGAUGCAUGUGUAUCGAUGUCUGAGUUCAUGAUUAAAAGAGCACAACAACUCUACAUGCUGCCGCUGGGUGACGUCAUACGCAAAUACGGUAUUAGCUUUCACUGCUAUGCUGAUGACACCCAACUCUAUAUGCCCCUAAAGCUGACCAACACGCCAGACUGUAGUCAGUUGGAAGCGUGUCUUAAUGAAAUUAAACAAUGGAUGUCCGCUAACCUUUUGCAACUUAACGCCAAAAAAACGGAAAUGCUGAUUAUCGGUCCUGCUAGACACCGACCUCUAUUUAAUAAUUGAACUUUAACAUUUGACAACCAAAUAAUAAAACAAGGUGACUCGGUAAAAAAUAUGGGUAUUAUCUUCGACCCUACUCUCUCCUUUGAGUCACACAUUAAAAGCGUUAAUAAAACGGCCUUCUUUCAUCUCCAUAAUAUCGCUAAAAUUCGCUCCAUUUUGUCCACUAAAGACGCCGAGAUCAUUAUCCAUGCGUUUGUUACGUCUCGUCUCGAUUACUGUAACGUAUUAUUUUCGGGUCUCCCCAUGUCUAGCAUUAAAAGAUUACAGUUGGUACAAAAUGCGGCUGCUAGACUUUUGACAAGAACAAGAAAGUUUGAUCACAUUACGCCUGUACUGGCUCACCUGCACUGGCUUCCUGUGCACUUAAGAUGUGACUUUAAGGUUUUACUAAUUACGUAUAAAAUACUACACGGUCUAGCUCCAGCCUAUCUUGCCGAUUGUAUUGUACCAUAUGUCCCGGCAAGAAAUCUGCGUUCAAAAGACUCCGGCUUAUUAGUGAUUCCUAGAGCCCAAAAAAAGUCUGCGGGCUAUAGAGCGUUUUCCGUUUGGGCUCCAGUACUCUGGAAUGCCCUCCCGGUAACAGUUUGAGAUGCUACCUCAGUAGAAACAUUUAAGUCUCACCUUAAAACUCAUCUGUAUACUCUAGCCUUUAAAUAGACCUCCUUUUUAGACCAGUUGAUCUGCCGCUUCUUUUCUUUCUCCUAUGUUCCCCCCUCCCUUGUGGAGGGGGUCCGGUCCGAUGACCAUGGAUGAAGUACUGGCUGUCCAGAGUCGAGACCCAGGAUGGACCGCUCGUCGGGACCCAGGAUGGACCGCUCGCCUGUAUCGGUUGGGAACAUCUCUAUGCUGCUGAUCCGCCUUCGCUUGAGAUGGUCUCCUGUGGACGGGACUCUCGCUGCUGUCUUGGAUCCGCUUGAACUGAACUCUCACGGCUGUGUUGGAGCCACUAUGGAUUGAACUUUCACAGUAUCAUGUUUGACCCGCUCGACAUCCUUUGCUUUCGGUCCCCUAGAGGGGGGGGGGUUGCCCACAUCUGAGGUCCUCUCCAAGGUUUCUCAUAGUCAGCAUUGUCACUGGCGUCCCACUGGAUGUGAAUUUUCCCUGCCCACUGGGUGUGAGUUUUCCUUGCCCUUUUGUGCGUUCUUCCGAGGAUGUUGUAGUCGUAAUGAUUUGUGCAGUCCUUUGAGACAUUUGUGAUUUGGGGCUAUAAACAUUGAUUGAUUGAUUGAUUGAACAACUCAUUGACGGUGAUGCUGCAGUGAAUGAAGAACAGUGGCCAGAUGUCGGCUCCAUUUUAAAUUCAUCAAGUCCAUCAUUAAAGUCUCUAUACCUUCGUUUAGAACACAACACUCACCUAAGUAACCUUUCGGUCAAAAGAGAUGAUGCUGUGGCCGAAGCAGCUGCGGCCAAAGAGGUUUUGUCAGUGUUACAAGAGCAAGACAAGGAAGUCACUGAACUGCAAAGACUAGAGGCUGAAGAGAAGCAAUUUGAGGCUGAAUCUCUAGCCAGACAACAGGCAAUACAAAAUCAGCUACGAAAGCUUGAGCGCUUAGAGGAAGUCAAGAAGUUGAAUGCAGCUAAGGCCCGAGUCAAGGUGUACGACGAACUCAGUGACAAAUCUGAAGUCAUUAGUUUACUACAUAACAUCAAACAACCCAAUAAGACACAAACCCUCAAUGCAUCAAGUCCUCCUUUCAUUCCUCAACAAGCUCAAGUGCCAAGUCAUAAUCCCAGUCAUCCCAACAUUCAAUCAGUCCCACAAGUUCCACCAAAUUUGCAGGUGCAAAGUCCUGAUUUAGCAACUGAUCUCGCUGAGGCCAUGAGUGCCAAUCGUCUCCCAACACCUGAACCUACAGGAUUCACGGGAGAUCCUAUAAAAUACAACGACUGGAAAUUGUCAUAUCAGAUAUUGAUUGACAGAAAAGGUAUUCCAAAAAAUGAAAAAUUCUACUAUUUGAGAAAGUAUCUAAGUGGUGCUGCAAAGAAGGCUGUUGAAGGACUCUUCCUGAUCGGCACAGAGGCAGCAUAUGACACUGCAUGGAAGCUGCUAGAGAAGCGCUUUGGAGACCCUUACGUAAUUGGGAAGUCCUUCAGAGAUAAGCUGCAUGCGUGGCCAAGAGUAAGCUCCAAAGAUGGAUGCGAACUGAGAGAACUAGCAGAUUUUCUCCAGAGCUGUGAGGCUGCAAUACCUCAUAUCAAGACAUUAGAGAUUCUUAAUGACUGCACUGAAAGUCAGAAAAUCUUGACAAAGCUCCCAGACUGGCUUGUGUCCAGAUGGAACCGUAAAGCAUUGGAAACCAGAGAAGCGAAAGCUGAAUAUCCUUCUUUCAAAGAGUUGGUGAACUUCUUAUCAAGGGAAGCUGAUCUGGCAUGUGGCCCCAUAUCCUCUGUACAAGCACUCAAGAAUUUACAGAAUGAGAAACCAAGACAGACAAGAACUGAAACCAUAAAGGCAAAAACGUCAACAAAUACAACACAGAACACUGUCUCUUGUGUCUUCUGCAAGAAGUUUCGACACCACCUGGAGAAGUGUAGAAAGAUUGCUGAAAAGACAAUCCCGGAUCGCAUCAAGUUUGUACAAGAAGAGAAACUUUGCUUUGGCUGUUUAAAGACCGGUCAUCACUCUAGAAGCUGUGAGGACAAAAGUAAGUGCGAUACCCGUCGAAGAAGACAUCCAACAUGCUUGCAUGAUGACAACUUUCAGAAAGGUUCUUCAUCAAACAAAGUGGAGAGUGAUUCAAAUAAAGCACGAGGAACAGAGCAAAUCCCUGCAACUGCAACAGCAACUACCAAUAGAGUUGCCCAAGGCAAUCAAGGCUCACAUACAUCCUCAAUAGUACCCGCCUGGGUCUCUUCCACAAAACAGCCUGAGCAAGAGAUCCUAACAUAUGCGUUGCUGGAUACGCAGAGUGACACAACAUUCAUCCUGGACCAAGUUGCUCAAAGGCUCAACACAAAGAAGGAGAAUGUCUGUCUAAGGCUUUCCACAAUGUCAUCAGUCUCUACAGUCAUACCCUGUCAAAAAUUGUCUAACCUGCAAGUGAGAGGAUAUGACUUAGAAAAAAUGAUCUCACUACCACCUCUCUUCUCACGCGAGUUCAUUCCUGCUGAGAGGUCGCACAUUCCCACCACAGAGACAGCCCAAAAAUGGCCUCAUCUUGAACAAUUGGUCCAGAAAAUUCCUCCACCAUUGGAGUGCCAAGUUGGCCUACUAAUAGGCUAUAACUGCCAUCAAGCUCUUCUUCCCAUAGAAACACUAUGCGGAGAAGAAGGCCAUCCAUAUGGUCAGCAAACCGACCUUGGAUGGAGCAUUGUUGGCUGUUCCAAGCCAGCAGCUGAGUUAGAAGACCCAAUUGGUGUGAGCCAUAGGGUCAUUGUAAGACAAGUGACUCCUGCCGUACAACCUCUAAGUCGACUUAGAGGUUGACAUCAGGUAAAGGACUAGGUCCUUCAGAAAUCAUUAAGAUGCUCGAAAUGGAUUUCGCAGACCACUCAACAGACAACAAUCCGGUCUCUCAAGAAGAUCUUCUCUUCAUGUCACGAGUGAAAGAGGGGAUACGACAGAAAGAAAAUGGACACUAUGAGCUACCACUACCGUUCAAGAAAGACAAACCCAGUCUUCCAAGUAACGAAAGAUGUGCAGCUAACAGAUUAGCAGCACUGGAGAGACGAGUAAGAAAUAAUAAGCAUUACUGCAAAGAUUAUGUCAAUUUCAUGAAUGACAUCAUCACUAGUGGAGAUGCUGUCAAGGUCUCACAGUCUGAACUCCACAAGCAACCAGCAUGGUAUAUUCCGCACCAUGGAGUCUACCACCCCCACAAACCAGGGAAGAUACGUGUAGUCUUUGACUGUUCUGCACGUUUUCAAGACACAUCGCUCAAUGAUCACCUCUUAACUGGACCAGACCUGACGAACACCUUGGUUGGUGUGCUGAUUCGAUUCAGGAAGGGCCCAAUCGCCAUAAUGUGUGACAUUGAGAAGAUGUUUCACCAAUUUCAUGUCGUAAAGGAACACCAGGACUACUUGAGGUUCCUCUGGUGGGACGAAGGAGAUAUGAACUCUAAACCCUCGGUGUAUAAGAUGCGUGUGCACUUGUUUGGUGCAGCUUCGUCACCUGGCUGCUCCAACUUUGCUCUCAAACACCUCGCGGAACAAGGCCGUGGACGCUACACUGAAGAGGCAAUAAGGUUCAUCCAAAGAAGCUUUUAUGUUGACGAUGGCCUAACAAGCGUUUGCACACCUACAGAGGCAAUCAGCCUGAUAGAAGAGUCAAGAGCCCUAUGCAAAACGGGAAACCUGAGACUACACAAGUUUGUGUCUAACAGUAAGGAUGUCGUCAACUCAGUGCCACCAACGGAAUGCACCCAAAUCAAAGAUCAAGACAUUGCACUAGGAGAACACAUCGAACGAGCCCUCGGUGUGCAUUGGUGUGUUGAAUCAGACAAAUUUCAAUUCAGAAUUAUUGUUAAGGACAAACAGCUUACCAGAAGAGGAGUGCUCUCAACUAUUGCCUCUGUCUUCGACCCACUUGGCUUUGUGGCGCCAUUUAUACUGCUUGGUAAGCAGAUUCUCCAGACACUGUGCAGCGAGAAGGUAACCUGGGACGAAACUCUUCCAGAACAGGUCUGCCCACGGUGGGAGUCAUGGCUGAGAGACUUACCUGAAUUGGCAUCCAUGAGAAUCCAAAGAAUGUACUUACCUGACAAGUUUGGAAAGACCUCACAAUACGAACUGCACAACUUUUCAGACGCAAGUUGCAUAGGCCAUGGUGCCUGCUCAUACCUUCGGCUCAUAAGUGAAACUGGGCAGGUCAGCUGUUCACUCGUCAUGGGAAAGGCAAGGGUUGCCCCCACAAAACAGACCACAAUCCCAAGACUCGAGCUAUCAUCUGCAGUAACAUCUGUGCGCAAUGGUGAUUCCAUCAAAAGAGAACUUGAGAUUGAAGCACUACACGAAUAUUACUGGACUGACUCCAAAGUAGUUUUAGGCUAUGUGAACAAUGAUGCCAAGAGAUUCCAUACAUUCGUUGCGAACCGCAUACAGCGAAUCAAAUCCAGUACCAACCCUGCACAAUGGCACCAUGUCAAUUCUGAAGACAACCCAGCAGACAUUGCGUCUAGAGGAGCCAGUGCAGCCCAGUUGAAGGACUCAUGUUGGUUGAAGGGACCAGACUUCCUUUGGCAACCAAGUCUGUCAGUCAAAGAAGCAAUAAUAGAAGUGGAUGACGCUGACCCAGAACUGCAGAAAGCUUAUGUUCAUACCGUCAAGGCCGAAACCACAAACCCAUUGAUCAGCCGUCUAAGCAAGUUCUCAGAUUGGUGAAGAGC